UCUGAUAAACAAACUUCAAUUCAAUGGCAACCACUAGAAUAUUGCUGCGUAACUCUAGGCCACUUCAACUUCCUCCUUCAUCUCAUUCUUCUUCUUCUUUUUCUUCUUAUUCUUUGUAUAUGAAAUGUGUACGGCUCCAUAUCAGGGCUAGUUUGAAUGGAGAUCUUAACAUGGCUUCUGCUAAAGGAGAAAGAAAACCAGUAGUAGCCAUGAAAGCAACCAUGGCUACCAUCGAACACACAACCACAUCACAACCAAUGCUUCAACAACGACUAUCAGAUUUAGCUGCUUUCUUGGCAAGUAUUCUCAGUGCCAUUCUCGUUCUUUUUCGGGCUAUUGUCAAAAGGAAAAAGCUAAGCAAUUUACAACCGCAGAUGCAAAUUGAAAAGGCAAUAAUCGAUUGCAGAUUCUUUACUUUGUUCGCUGUUGCAGGAUCUUUACUUGGAUCGGUACUGUGUUUUGUUGAGGGAUGUCUUCUUGUUAUGGAGUCAUUCGCGCAUUAUUUCCGUAUGCUAUCUCAAGGGUUGGAUCAAACACAUAUGAUGCAUCUACUCAUCGAAGCCAUAGACUCGUAUAUGGUGGGAACUGCAUUGCUGAUAUUUGGGGUGGGAAUGUAUGUGAUGUUUGUGAGAUCAAACACAAGUAGUAAAGAAAGAGAAGCAGGUUUUUCUGAUUCAAAGAUUCUUACCAAGUUGGAGUCAGGGAUGCAAUCAAUUGCAGAGGCAAAGUUGAAGAUUGGGCAUGCAGUGAUGAUGAUUCUUCAAGUGGGAGUGUUGGAGAAGUUGAAGAACAUUCACUUUGUCACAGGAUUUGAUCUUGCUUGCUUUGCUGCUUCAGUUCUCACAUCCUCAGCAUGCAUUUUUGUCCUCUCUAGACUUCACCAUACUGAUUAAGGA